AUGAGGUUUGCCACUACGCUCGCAGCAGUCCUCUCGCUCGCCUCCACUUCCUCAGCCCUUAACAUCCUCCUAAAUAACGACGACGGCUUCGGCUCAGGCAAUCUCCGCGAACUAUACAAGCUUCUCAAAGCUGCCGGCCACGACGUCCUCAUCGUCGCACCCGCAACACAACAGUCCGGCCAAGGCGGUCGCUCAGACUUCUCAACUUACCCCAACCUCACCUCGUCCUCGCAGUACGACAUCGUUCCCGCAGGAGCCCCAGCCGUAGGAACAGACCCCAACGAUAGCAGUAUAUGGUACUACAACGGGACGCCUGCUGCGUGCACGUUCGUUGCGCUUGACUAUGUUUUGCCACGAUACUAUCCAGGAUGGACGCCUGAUCUCGCACUUGCUGGACCAAACUAUGGGACGAAUCUUGGGCCAUUUGUGUACAGUCUGAGUGGUACUUUGGGCGCCACGUACGCGGCUGUAUCGCGCUCCAUUCCCGCCAUUGCUCUGAGCGCAAGCAACGCUGCAGUGCCGUACUUCAACGUGACAAAUUCUUCACAUCCUGCGGCUCUCGCGGCGAAGGCAUCCUAUGCCGUGGUGAAGCAGUUCAUCAACGCCACCGCAGAAGGCGCACGCGUUCUGCCGCUCGGGUACGGUGUGAAUGUCAACAUCCCUGAGCUAUUUGACGACACACUGCCGCCGGUUGUGAAGUCAAGACUCACGGGGGAAGCAGAGACGGAUGUUGCGGUGUACGAUGAAGAGAAGGGGACGUUUACGUGGGGAAACCUGAGGCCGUUGGCUGCUGGUGUGAACGCGUGCUAUAAUGGAGACUGCAGUCUGCCCGGCGAGACGGCCGUGGUGGCUAACGGCGGGAUUAGUGUGAGCGCUUUUACCAUCGAUUACGACGCGCCGAGUAUUCCGUACACGGAGAUGGUGUUUGCGAAGGUGGAGAAUUUGUUCAGUAGUGGCGAAGGGGGUAAUGAGACAAGUGGUUACCGGACAAAACCGGCGCCGAAGAAGAGGAUGAUGACUGGGAGGGAUGUCUAUCGUAUGUAA